GUGUGUGGGUGGAAGGGGGGAGUGGAAGUGCGGGUGUGUGCGCGCAGGAGAGCAGGAGCGCGCAGAGUCCCGGUCGGUCCCGCGGUGGAGUUGUAGAGGAUGGAGGUCCGACCUGAGCGUUUUAAAGCAGCAGCGGCGAAAACACUUGGACGGAUAAACAGGGUUCUAGAGAAGCGUCAGGAGAAUGGAGAGACCAUCGAGUUGUCGGCAGAAGGUCGUCCAGAGCUGCAGGAGGAGAAGGAGCUUCCUGUGGUGGACUGUACUUGUUUCGGCCUGCCGCGCCGCUACAUCAUCGCCAUAUUAUCAGGCCUCGGCUUCUGCAUCUCCUUCGGCAUCCGCUGUAAUUUGGGUGUCGCCGUCGUGAGCAUGGUGAACAACCACACCGUCUUUAGAGAUGGAAAACCGUACAUUGUGAAAGCUCAGUUCACCUGGGACCCAGAGACGGUAGGGAUGAUUCACGGCUCGUUUUUUUGGGGAUAUAUCGUCACUCAGAUUCCUGGAGGUUUCAUCUGUCAGAAAUUCGCAGCUAACAGGGUUUUUGGCUUUGCGAUCGUGGCCACGUCUGUCCUGAAUAUGAUGAUUCCCACAGCAGCGCGAUUGCACUUUGGCUGUGUCAUUAUAGUCAGGAUACUACAGGGACUUGUGGAGGGCGUAUCUUACCCAGCAUGCCACGGGAUCUGGGCGAAGUGGGCACCGCCACUAGAGAGAAGCCGACUGGCCACAACAGCGUUCUGUGGCUCAUACGCAGGAGCUGUGAUAGCCAUGCCAUUAGCUGGAGUUCUGGUUCAGUACUCAGGCUGGUCCUCAGUCUUCUACGUGUACGGUAGUUUUGGCGUCUGCUGGUAUUUGUUCUGGAUUCUGGUGUCGUACGAGAGUCCGGCGGCUCAUCCCACCAUCACCCCGGAAGAGAGGAAAUACAUCGAAGACGCCAUCGGAGAAUCGGCUGGACUGAUGAACCCGGUGACGAAAUUCAACACUCCCUGGCGUCAGUUUUUCACCUCUAUGCCCGUCUACGCCAUCAUCGUGGCCAAUUUCUGCAGGAGCUGGACGUUUUACCUGCUGCUCAUCAGUCAGCCGGCGUAUUUUGAGGAGGUGUUUAAGUUUGAGAUCAGCAAGGUCGGGAUCCUCUCUGCUCUCCCUCACCUGGUGAUGACCAUCGUGGUGCCGAUCGGAGGACAGCUGGCCGACUACCUGAGGUCUCACAACAUCAUGACCACCACAAACGUCAGGAAACUCAUGAACUGUGGAGGUUUCGGGUUGGAGGCCACAUUUCUUCUGGUUGUGGGUUUCUCUCACACUAAGGGCGUCGCCAUCUCGUUUCUGGUCCUUGCUGUUGGAUUUAGUGGUUUCGCCAUCUCAGGGUUCAAUGUGAAUCAUCUGGACAUCGCUCCACGUUACGCCAGUAUACUAAUGGGCAUCUCUAACGGUGUCGGGACGCUCUCUGGCAUGGUGUGUCCUCUGAUUGUUGGUGCCAUGACCAGAAACAAGACGCGGGAAGAGUGGCAGUAUGUGUUUCUCAUUGCAUCACUUGUUCAUUAUGGUGGAGUUAUCUUCUAUGGUAUCUUCGCGUCAGGAGAGAAACAGCCGUGGGCGGAGCCAGAGAACAUGAGCGAGGACAAAUGUGGGAUAUUAGAAGAGGACGAGCUGGCCAAUGAAACGGAAGAGCUGUACCGCUCGACGGGCGGCGGCUACGGAGCGACCAUCCAAUCAGGUGACCCCAAUGGGGCGGGGACUGGAGGGGGCGGAGCUGGAGGAAGCUGGGCUUCAGACUGGGACAAAACAGAGGAAUACGUCCAACCUGUGGGAACGAACAGCUUCCUGUACGGAGGAGAGGGAAAUGAGCGAAUGAGUUUGAGAUUCAGAGAUCAAUAGUAAGGCUGGAUGGGAAUGGGAGGGUGGAAAACAAGGACUGACUUUUCCACCCUGGGACGGAGGAAGUGGUUUUGACCCAAACUAGAAAAAAAUAACAUAAUUAACAUCAAAUUUUUCUCAAAAGUGCGUGUCGGAGUGUGUACGUGUCCGUUUUGAGAGCCUGAAAUGUGACCGGUCAAAUGUUUGGACAUUCAAAACAUAAUUUUAGUCACUGUGUCCAAACUUUUGACUCCCUUGUUGUGUGUUUUAGCAGUUCAACUAAUCAUCAAGGGUUUAACAGUGUUACUGUUAUGAAAUAUAAUUGCUAUUUGGCCUAAAUUGUGACAUAAUUGUAAAAGGUGGUUCUUACAAAUGCAAUCCUCUUAACUGAAAUAUAACUCCAAUUAAAAAACAAAACCAGAUUUAGGGAAUUGAUCUCAUGUGCCAAUACUGUGAGGUGUGUGUAGUAUUGGUCCCUUUUCAAUAACAAUCUCAUAGAUAAAUACACAUUUACAGACUAGUGAUGUCAGCCAUUUGGAUAAGCUUAUAGAAGCACUGACAUAAUUAGUUUUUGGUAGCUAAUUCUUUUUAACCAUUCAUUUUUUGAUUUUUAAUUUAUAUUUUUUAAGUAUUUAAUCCAUAACCACAUAGUUAAGUCAUAUUAAUUUGUAUUAAAGCUUAAACAUUUCUUUAAUUUUUAAUUUGUUUGUUUAAAGAGGUCAUCGGAUGCCCAUUUUCCACAAGUUGAUAUGAUUCUUCAGGGUCUUAAUGAAAAGUCUAUAAUAUACUUUGGUUAAAAAUUCUCAGUGGUAGUGUAAAACAACACCCUUUGCUUUAAAUGCAAAUGAGCUCUGCUCGCCCCGCCCCUCUCUUCUCUCUGUGGAGUGACAAGCCUGUUUACUUUAGCCACUUUUAGCCGUUAAACUUGCUAACUAGCACAUUAGGAAAGGCGAUCGCAAAGAUUCAUAAAAAAAUGCUUAUACACACUUCUGCUGUAAGUGAAGCUGAAUCACAAAUGAUUAGCGCAAACAUAGACGGAUAUAUGUAGAUCAGAGGCGCAUUCCCUUCACAAACAAAUGUAAUCUACUGCAUCUUCAGCGGCUCAGAUGUCUGGAGUAAAUGACGACCACUAUGUUCAUUAUUAUCCAGCAACACAACACCUCAAUCGCUCAAUCGGAGAUAUUCUUGUCUAACUUACAUCCCUGCUCCGGCAUCGAAACAAAGAGGGCGGACUGUUACAGCUGAUCUGAGGUAAAACGCUCAUGUCAAUCAACUAUCGUGGGAGUGGCCUCUGUCGGUGUAAUGGCACAACGACAGGCAUCUGAGAAUGGCUCGAUUUGAAAAAGGGAAUAUUAUUUUUACAGAUUAAUUAAAAACCACUGCAUGGAUUUUUAUCAUUAUAGGGUCAAUUUGUACAUACACUGCCAACACACAUUAAUGUUCAAACAACAUGUAAAAGUGAACUUAGCAUCCGAUGACCCCUUUAAAACAAUUUUCAGCCUUUAUUUCUUUUUUGUUCUAAGUCCAACAAAAAUGAUGCCAAGCGCUGACCAUUUGCAUGAAGGGCUUCCACUCAAUGCGAACAACAUGAUAUCGAAAUAUCACUGGUUGAAACGCUCCUUUCUGUUUCACCAUUUAGCUGUUUAAUCUCACAUAUAGAAGAGAACAGAACCAUAAAAUGGUAGUUAAAAGAUGAGAUGAUGAAAGAAAUAACACAGUUUAACUCAAAAUUAAAGUCAGUUUUUAUAUCAGCACUUUCUUUCUCUCCAGCAUGGCACGUGAUAUUUUUAAUAUACUCUCAUAUAAAUGCACAUCAGCAUUUUAAAAAGGUAGUUCACACAAAAAUUUAAGUUUGUCAUCAUUUGCGCACUCUCUUGUCUCCUAAAGCUAUUUGGCUUUAAGAAUCUGUAAGAAUCUGUUGCACUUUGAAUAAAAGGGUGAAUAUCAUGACAAAACGUCAUUUCUUACCUUGUAAUGAACUAAAAAUAAUCUGAAAUUUAAUUUAGUUAAUAGAAGUAUUUUUUUUUUUUUAAAUAUUUUAUAUUCGUUUUUAUUUGAGUUUUAUUUAUUUAUUUUAUUUUAUUUAAAUAUAUUAAUAUAUAAUUUUAAUACAUUCAAAUAUAUUGAUAUAUAUUAAUUAAAUUGUAUUAUAAAUAAUUUUUUGGCAUUUAUGCAAUAAAAAUAAUCCUGUAUUGAAUUUUUUUUUUUUUAAUUAAAAGCAUACAGGUCAUACAGACGAGUAAAUGAUGACAGAAUUUACAUUUUUUGGGGUGAACUGUUUCUUUACUAUCAAUCAAGAAGCAGAUCCCAUAGAAAUGAAGUGAUAUUUCUGUGGUUAUCUCUCUGAAUAAUUAAGAAAAGAUAAUUCACUUAGGAUUAAAUCCCGUCUCUCUAUAGAAGGACGUGUUUAUAACACAUCACUGCGUUUGUGUCUUUUUCUUUCUUUUGGUUUCUUGGGGUUUGUUUCCUACGUAUUUGUUCUAUGUUGUGAAAUGUGAAUGUAAAAAAAAAAAAACUUGUGAUAA